AUGCUGCUCAGGUUGCUGCUCCCCGGACUGCACGCCGCCUCGUUUGUCCUCUCCUCCUCGGUCGCCUCGCUCAUGGCCAUGAACGGCUCGUUUGCUGAUCCUGCCCCGGGCACCCUUGUUGCCUAUCCGGAUGCUGUCCGCGAGCAGGUUGAGUCGGCCUUUGCCGACGCCUUUGAUGCCGCUGCCGGUGCUGCGCCCGACGCCGCCUCGGCGGUCGUCGACGACUACGUCCGCGUCCUCGGCGAGGUGGCAUCGCCAACGGUGGCGCCUGACGAGGCCCAUACCUGGCGGCUGAUUGCUCCGCUCUAUGCCGAGCGCGUGGCGUCAGCAGGCGAUCCAGACCACGCUGCUGUGAGCCUGCCGGCCGGCGGCGGCUCGGACGCGGAUACGCUGGCAGCAUACGUCGGGUCGUCGCAGGCGCUGCGCGAGGCCCGCAUUGUUGUUGCCUGGCUCCAGUCACUCUUUGCCGACCAGCUCAAACCGCACACCAUGGAGGCUGCCAUGUGGCGGGCCACGCUCUCAGUGCUUCGGACCAAGCCGGGCGCGCUUGCCCCGCAGGGUCUGGUCAAGACACUGGACCCGGACGCGCCGCUGCGCGAUCCGGACGCAUCGGGCUUGCAUCCAGAUGACGCUGACUUGGAGGAGCGCCUGCUCCGCCAUUUGUGGCUCCUGGUCAAGGCCGGCAAGCUCGAUGAGGCGCGAAAUGUGUGCCGCAAGGUCGGCCAGCCGUGGCGCGCCGCGUCGCUCGGCGGCGGCGCCGCCUUUCACGACGCUAUCUACGCCGGCGAGGUCAAGCUCACCGGCGAACGGAUUGACGACGCUGCUCCGGCAGGCAACGUGCAGCGCCUGCUCUGGCGCCAGAUGGUCCAGGUGCUUGCGAGCGAGGCCAGCUCGCAAUACGAGCGGGCACUGUAUGGGGUGCUAGCUGGAAGCCUCUCUGCGGUCCUGCCGCUGUGCACUAGCUGGGAGGACCAUCUCUGGGCUCGGUGCGCGACCGCGCUCACCUCGGUUCUCGACACCCACCUUGCCACGGCCCGGCCGUCGGCCAACGCCGAGCUUGUCCGCACUGGCCUGCCGGCAGCCAUGGACAUUGCUCAGCCCGAGUCGGCUGGCGCUAGCCAGCUCGACAUGCAGUCGAUGUUUGCAGCGCUCCUGAGCGAGGCGCAAUCGCCGGAGCUCCGCACCGCCACCCGCGCCCCGUUCCACACCAUCCAGCAGCUGCUCAUCACGGCGCAGGAGAACGCGGCGCUCGUCACGCUUGCCGGCUGGGCUGUCGCGGACUCGGCGGCAGCGGUCGAGGCGCUCGAUGCGCUGCCCGGCUCGCACGCGCACGCGCGCGCCAUCCUCCUCCGAUUUGGCGCCUCGCUUGUUCUCUUCUUCCGCUCGAUCGAGGUGGCCCUCUCGCCAGAGGCUGAGGCUGCUGGUGUGGCGCUCCUCACCGGCUAUGUCGAGCACCUUAUUGCGUCAGGUCAGUCGGCGCUCAUUGCGCUCUACACUGCGCAGCUUCCGAGCUCGCGGCAGGUCGGCAUUUACGCCAAGUUCCUCGAGGGCGUGGACGACGGGUCUGCGCGGGCCGAUGCGCUGCGCGCCGCUGAAGCCGCGCGCCUCGACGUGCGAGCCAUCACCUCGCAGGUUGUCCGCAACAUCUACCUCGCGUCCGAGGCCGAGGCCUCUGACGAGCGCAAGGUCCACUCGCUCCAGUGGCUCUGCUUCUACCCGGACCAGCGAGCAGAGGCACUGGUGCAGGCCAACGCACUUGCGCGCUCGCUGCUCCUUGCCCACGUCGAGUCGGCGCGGUUUGACGCAUCGCUCAAGGCCACGCCGGCCGAUGCUGUCGCCGCCCUCCUCGCCGCUGUCCCGGUGGCCAAGGUCGAGGUCACCCGCCAGCUGCUCAGCGUCGUCCUCCCAGCCGACACGCUCGACAUUCUCCGCGACGGUUGGGCAGAGGCCGAGCUUGUCGAGGCGCCAGCCCGCGAGGCCAAUGCCGUCCACGAGUUCCAGUGCCUGGUGGCAUACCUCGAGGUUCUCUCUGCUUACGACGAGUGGUCGAACAUUCUCUUUGAGCGGCCGGUUCCACCGGCCGAGCCCGACUCGUCGCGGUACUCUGACAAGCUCAUGUACGACCAGGAGAAGAAGGCCCACGACGAGGCAUACGAACUCUGGCAGCAGGCCAUGGGCGACAGCACCGCGGUUGUCCUCGAUCUGCUCAACGCCACGCUUCUCUUCCCCUCGGGAUGGCUCAAGGAUGUGGUCCCGAUUGAUCACGGCCGUACCGCCGGCGACGCCGCCCGUGCCGACCAGCUCGAGCUCCUCCGCUCGGUCUGCAUCCCCUCGCUCUGCUUUAUGCUCCACCGGGUCCUGUACGACACCCACGACUUUGCCGGCUCGCUCAAGGUUGCCGACCUCGUCGCCGACCCGCACUACAACUUGGCAGCCACGUUCUCGCCUGCCGAGCUCCGCCAGCUUCUUCGGCUCUUCCGGCUCUCGUCGCUGCAGCUCCUCGAAGCAGGCCUUGACCCGCUUGGCUACGACAAGUGAACACUGGAUCCCUCCC